UACUCUCCUCAGUCUCACACACUCCUCCAACACGCUGAACCUCCUUUCUCACGAUGACUACAGGGCUGUGUGUGUAUGUCCUGUUGGCGGUCCUGUGUACGAGCUGUUUGGGGCACCCCCUCUCCUCUCAGCACCUAGACGAGGGCCAGCGCUCCGUCUCCGCUCCCUCUGAAGCCCUCCUUGAGGCUGAUAACCACAGCUUGGGAGAGCCCCACCUCCGACAGAGCCGCUCUGUCCCCCAGCUGAACGCUCUUCCUGUGGCUGAGGAGGAUGGAGACUCCCGGGCCAACCUCAGCGAGCUGCUGGCCAGACUCAUCUCCUCCAGGAAAGGUUCUGUGCGCAGAAACUCAGCGGCGUACAGCAAAGGACUGAGCCCCAACCAUCGGAUAGCAGACAGGGACUACUUGGGCUGGAUGGAUUUCGGCCGCCGCAGCGCAGAGGAGUACGAGUACUCCUCGUAAAAAGGGAAAACAAGAAAAAGAAGGGGAACAAACCCCAUGCAAGCUGGCCCCUCGGUGUCUCACAAUAAGAGUCUAUUUAUGAUGUAUUUGUUGUACAUUUGUUUGUAAAACUGUAAUAAUGCAAUAUACAUAUAUGCCAAAUUUUACAGAAAAGCUCUCACUGUCCAAGGUUUGUUUGUUUCUGGUUUUUCUCUGGUUUCUUUAUCGUUUUUUGGGUGGAAAGGAUCCAGGAGGUGUCAGGGUCUGUUGAGACUAACUGGACUGAAUAAAGACUGAAAAUAUCA